AUGGUACAUGAAUCAGAACAAUGCGAAACACUUCAAAUCACACCGCAAUGCUAUGACAAUUCGAGAACAUUUGAUUUCUUUGCGUCAGGCAUCGACGGCUCAAAUGGACAACAGACUAGAGAGCGCACACCGUCACCUACAUCGCCGAUUUCCAAUGAACAGGCACCUUUAUUAUCUACCAAUUUCGAGUCAAUUAACCCACAAUCGAACUCAAGCUCUACCCCCGAUUCUAAUUCAUUUUCCGAGUCACAUGGAAAUAAAUCGCCCUCGCAUUUAUCCUCACUACUCAACACAUCUGCAUCAAUAUCCCUGUCAUUCUCAAUAAUCUUAAUACUAUUAAUUACUAUGAUUAUGUCUGGACUCAUCUUUGAUUCAUUCAUAAAUUAUCAAAGAGAUACAAAGGGCUGCGAAGUUACAUACAUGAAUCCCAAGUAUAUUAAGAUGGUGGGAUUUGAUAGUGAACAGACUAUAUUUGCUGAAAAAUAUGGAUUAUAUUUGUAUAGAGAAGUUGGAAGAGACAGCAGCGAUAGACCAACCGGAAUACCUACCCUGUUUAUCCCCGGAAAUGCUGGAAGCUACAAACAAGUGAGAUCAAUUGCAUCUGCUUCAGCCAACUUGUACUAUGACGGACGAUCCGAAUGGGACGAUAGUGUGAGAGGAUUAGAUUUUUUCACAGUUGAUUUUAAUGAGGAAUUUUCUGCGCUUCAUGGAAACUCAUUGCUUGAACAGGCAGAGUAUCUUAAUGAUGCUAUUCGAUACAUACUUUCGCUAUAUCCAGCUGCACGCGGAGAUCAUCCGGAACCAUCUUCCGUAAUUAUUAUUGCUCAUUCAAUGGGUGGAAUAGUUGCCCGGACAUUAUUUACUAUGCCUAAUUAUGAACCCGGUUCAAUAAACACAAUUAUCACUAUGGCAACUCCCCACCUACUUCCACCUGCGCCGCUUGAUUGGCAAAUAAGCAAUAUUUAUACUAAUAUUAACAAAUACUGGCGGAAAAGCUAUUCCAAUGGCAAAGCAUCCUCGGCUCCAUUGUCGGAUGUCACGCUUAUUUCCAUAGCCGGUGGCAAUUUAGAUACUAUUAUCUGCUCAGAUACGGCUAAUAUUAACUCACUCGUACCGGCAUCACAUGGAUUCACUGUAUUCACCACAUCAAUACCGAAUGUGUGGACGUCAAUGGAUCAUCAGUGUAUUUUAUGGUGCAAGCAGUUAGUUAACGUGAUUGCAAAGACAAUGUUGAAUAUAGUCGACGUAAGGCGCGCUGGUCAGACAAAGCCAAGAGCUGAGCGCAUGAAAAUAUUUCGCAAGGCACUUCUGACUGGUCUCGAAGAUCAGUUGGAGACGGAACGGGAUCGAUGGGAGUCUUUCGGAGUGUUGGAUCUAGAAGAGAAACCCCAUGUCUAUCUUCAUAUGGAGCAGAGAUUAGUACUCAAGACAUCGCACAUCUCAAACAAAGUAUAUCUUAUGCCAAUUCCACCGCCAGCUCCUCUAUCUAAUUUGACGACAUUCUCUCUCCUCACCGAUCAUCAUCUCGGGAAAUCUUCACGGUUGUUAGUCUUGUUAUGUGGAGUCAGACCCAAUAAGUUACGUGACGUGCACGAUGCGACAGUGGAAAAGCCAACGUUCCUUAGCGCGCCAAGGUUGUCGUGUUACAAUGCAUCUCAUAAAGCAUCCUUAAUGCCUGCGUCAACAAAGUAUGAUAGGGUUCCUUCAUCUACACGCACUUUCAGUUUUCUGAAAUUGAACGUACAAGAGUUGGGUGACUAUCAGUACGUUGCUAUAAUGAAUAAAGAAGGUGUGGGACUUGAUGGCUUUCUAUUAGCCGAAUUUAUUGAUGAAAGCAAGACCAUCACACAGAUUGACACGUCGAUGAAAGAUCUCCUGUUUUAUGGCAUACAUGUUUCUGGGCUCCCAAUGACUGAUUCCAUAAUGUCUACUCUGCACAUACCAAUAAUUGAUAAUAGUCUUUUGACAUACAAGAUGUUUGUGAAUCGUCCUGGCUGUGAUGACGACCACUUCUUUGCUACAUUCAUUCGCCAAUCAAUAUCAUCGAUGCACGAAUCCAAAUUUUUGGUCAAUGCCCAAAAUGUUGAUAUCAAUAUCCAUGGGCAGGCUCCAUUUGUCCUUCCGGUCAGCAGCCCGAAACUGCGGAAAGGUCUCAGUCUACAAUUUUGGAUAGACCCGAUAUGUUCAGCGCCUUUGUCAAUAGACAUCAGACUGGACGCGUACGGAAGUUUAGGAAAAAUUGUAAUGCGAUUUCAGUCCGUUUUGGUAGCAUUUCCCUUUAUGGUUGUAGCAAUGACUUUGAGAAUCCAAUUGAAAGAAUAUCAGAAAGGUGGGCCGUAUAUGAGCUUUGGACAAGGACUUGCACAGUUUGUUCAAAGAACUCUACCCAAGUUACUCGUAUUUGUGUCGCUCUUAUCGAUAUACCAAUCCAUAAGCGGGGCAUCUAAAACGUACUCAUUAGCAGACUUAUUUCCCGUCGAGUCUACACCCGGAGAUGUACAUAAGGCUAUAAAAGAAAAGGCAUCUUUUAAUGGAAAGGGCGCUGACCUGCAGAAAUAUUGGGAUCACUAUCAUUAUGUUCAAUCAGUUCUUAUAUUUUUGUUCAUUCUGCUUCCUUUUAAUGUCCCGGCGUUAAUGGUUUGGAGUAGGAAUUUGGCAGUACAUUGGUAUGCACCAUUUUCAUCGGAUCAUAGCAUCUUAGCAAUAGCACCAGUAAUAUUCUAUGUGGAAAUAAUGAAUAGCGGGAAAAUGUUACCGAGGACAUCUGGCAGGUAA